AUCACAUUUAACCAUUUAUAUAUCAAAGUUGUUUAAAGUUCUGCGAGCUUUUUAUGUUUGUGGUUCUGUGAUCGCAGAAAGAAGCAAAACCUUUAUCGGUGCUCCAAUCUGUUUGAUAUUGCUGUGUUGAGGCUUUUAGCAGUGUGGAAGAUGUUCAAGAAUACAUUCCAAUCUGGAUUUCUUUCCAUAUUAUACAGUCUUGGGAGUAAACCACUGCAGAUAUGGGACAAAGAAGUUGUGAAUGGUCAUAUUAAACGACCUCAGGAUGAAGACAUUCAAUCCAAUGUACUGGAAAUAAUCGGAUCAAAUAUUCAGUCCACAUACAUUACAUGCCCAGCUGACCCAGCUGCAACACUUGGUAUAAAACUUCCAUUCUUGGUUAUGAUUGUCAAGAAUCUAAAGAAGUAUUUCACAUUUGAGAUUCAAGUUUUGGAUGAUAAGAAUGUCAGACGACGAUUUCGAGCUUCAAAUUUUCAAGCUGUCACUCGAGUAAAGCCGUACAUUUGCACCAUGCCACUGAGAAUGGAUGACGGGUGGAAUCAAAUACAAUUUAACCUGGCUGAUUUUACCAAGAGAGCAUAUGGUACUAAUUAUGUGGAGACACUGCGAGUUCAGGUUCAUGCAAACUGUCGCCUGAGAAGGAUAUACUUCUCUGAUCGCCUCUACUCUGAAGAAGAACUCCCUCCUGAGUUCAAAUUGUACCUUCCAAUGCAGAAAUCAUGAAUAUGCUGUUGAAGAAUGGAAUGGAGCUUGGAGAGAGCUGGAUGUUACUUUUAUGCAUGCUACAUAUAAUAACUAUAACAUUGGACUCUAUUCUAGAAUUUGUAUCUAUGUUGUGCUAGAUCCUAUAAUAACUUUUGCAACAGCUUGUUCCUGACGCUCUUGUAGGAUAUUCAGAUGUUUAUCUUUUAUAUUGGAAGUUAAUUUUAUGAUGC